CGUCCCCCAACCGGCUAUAAUGUCUGGCCCCGGCUGACUGCCGGCGGUGGAGGUGCGCGCCUGGGCAGGGAAAAUGGACUUCGCCCGCCUCUGGCUAGGGCUGCUGCUGCCUUUGGUAGCUGCGCUGGAUUUCGGCUACCACCACCAGAAGGACAUGGAAGAGUUUUUGAAGAACGUGGCCAAAAACUACAGUUCUAUCACUCGUUUACACAGUAUUGGGAAAUCCGUGAAAGGCAGAAACCUGUGGGUUCUUGUUGUGGGGCGCUUCCCAAAGGAGCAUAGAAUUGGGAUUCCAGAGUUCAAAUACGUGGCCAACAUGCACGGAGAUGAGACUGUUGGGCGGGAGCUGCUGCUCCAUUUAAUUGAAUAUCUCGUAACCAAUGAUGGAAAAGACGCUGAAGUCACGAAGUUAAUCAACAGUACCCGGAUACACUUGAUGCCUUCGAUGAACCCAGAUGGAUUUGAAUCUGUCGUAAAGCCCGACUGUUUUUACAGUAAUGGAAGGGAAAACAGUAACUACUAUGACCUGAAUAGAAACUUCCCAGAUGCUUUUGAAUUUAAUAACGUGUCAAGACAGCCUGAAACUGCGGCCGUCAUGGAGUGGCUGAAAACAGAGACAUUCGUCCUCUCGGCAAACCUCCACGGCGGUGCCCUGGUGGCCAGUUACCCGUUUGACAACGGUGUUCCAGGUGAGCCGCCACGGGCCCGGCUCUGGCUUCCUGAGCCCAGAGUGGAGCUGCGCACUCUGCGUCUGGAGGGGACAGGUCUUCUCGUGCUGCCGCUCUGCCGGGGUCAGAGGGCUCCGGGUCUCCUCACUGCGCCGUCCUUCCCGCAGUCUGUAAACCGUACAUGGGCAGUGUGGCUGAGCUGGCCCCCCGACAGUGGAAUGCAAGAUUACAACUACAUCUGGGCCCAGUGUUUUGAAAUUACAUUGGAGCUGUCAUGCUGUAAAUAUCCUCAUGAGGAGAAGCUUCCAUUCUUCUGGAAUAAAAACAAAGCCUCAUUGAUUGAAUACAUAAAACAGGUGCACCUAGGUGUAAAGGGUCAAGUUUUUGACCAAAAUGGAAAUCCAUUACCCAACGUAAUUGUCGAAGUCCAAAACAGAAAACAUAUCUGCCCUUACAGAACCAACAAGUUUGGAGAGUAUUAUCUCCUCCUCUUGCCUGGGUCCUACAUGAUAAAUGUUACAGUCCCUGGGCACGAUCCAUACCUCACAAAGGUGGUUAUUCCAGAAAAAUCCCAGAACUUCAGUGCUCUUAAAAAGGAUAUUUUACUUCCAUUCAGAGGGCAGCUGGAUUCUAUCCCAGUAUCAAAUCCUUCAUGCUCUAAGACUCCUCUAUAUAGUGAUUUGCCAAGCGACUCAGCUGCAACAAAGCCUGGUCUGUUCUUAUUUUUAGUGACUGUCUUUCUCGUAUUUGUCAAAUAAAGCAAAAUGUGAAACACAACCCCCGUCAUCACCUGGAAUCAGGGAUUACUCAUGCCAGGUUACUGCAACUCUCAACUCCCUCUGUGGGACCGUGCCUGAAUAACUCCAAGGCCCUUCCCAAAGAAAAGAAAUGGUUGUUUCCAAACCAAAGCAAGCUACGUGUGGUGAUAACAAAAGGAAUGAUUUAGUCUUGAAUGGAAGAUGCCUACCUUUCAAGUACUGUCUACUGAUGUUCAAUCUUGGAAAGUUGUAAGGAAAACUUGAGGAUCAAGAAAGAAGUUGCUGCAAAAAAAAAAAAAAAUGGAGCUAAUUUUGUAUACAGAGAGCCAGAUGAAUAUAAGCAAUGAAGAUGAACAUUCAUUGAUUGCUUACUAUAUACAAAACCUUGUGAGUGCUAGAUGUGACGAUAUAUAGUAAGUGCCAAAUAUAAUUAAUUCUCAGCACAUGGAGAAAUGAUAGCACUGGAAAUAUUUCAUUUCUAAGGAAAUCGGAGAGAACAUAGGCAACCCUAUCUCAGUGGCCCACAAAAACAGGGCCUGAUGGGAUGACAAGGUUAUGUCUACAGAUCCCCAAAAUAAGGAUCAAUUAAGUGUCCCUGCCUUUCUGCACUCAGAUGCCACAUCAGUUAUGCUGAUGACCCCCAAAUGUGUAAGUCCAGCCUCUUGCCAGAGAUUCAAACUCAAGUCCAACUUCCUGCUGUACAUGUCCACCUGGAUGUGACCCACAGGUACCUCAAACUCACAUAGAAAUCACAUGUAUUUUUCUCCCUAGAGCUGCUCUUCCGCCUAUUAUUUGUCUCCAUAACUGGUACCACCAGACUAGAAACCUAAGAGUCAUCCUUGAUUGUUUCUCCUCCUCCCUCAUCCCAUAUAUUCAGUCAGUCACUAAAGACUGAUGUUAAUUGUUAAUGUUGAUUGAACUUCCCUCUCGCCAUGACUAGUAACGUUGCCAAGUUUAGGCCACCACAGCUCACUGGCACCACUGCAACAGGUUCGGUGUCUUGAGCCUAGCCUUCUCCUCUGCAGGUCCAUCUUCUACAUGGCACUGGGGAAGAGGGUCUACUCAAAACAAAAAUCAAUUAACUGCUUGUAGUUUCUAUGCACUUAAUGUGCUGCUUGUGUCCUAUAUCUGGAGCACCAUUCUGACCCACCACGACAUUUUCUUUUCCACACCUUUAAAACUCAGUUCAGGUAUCAACUCCUCCAGGAAGUCUCUGCUGACCAUCAUUCCAUUCCACCCCACCCCAUCCACCCCCUCCCAGUCAAUCUGGAGACCUUUCCUCUUUGCUACUCAAAUAUGUUAUCUCUGUUAUUGAAUUUACAACUGUAUUAUGAUCUUCUACUUUCAUGUGUGACUUUCCCUAAUAGAAUGUGAGCUCUGAGGCCAGAGUCUGUUUAAUUUGUUUGAAAAAUUCAUUUUUAUAUCCUCAGAGCCCAGUACAGAGUAAAAACUGUGAAUGAAUGAGUGAAGAGUUCCACAAACCUGCUACUCCCCGUCUCUCUCAGAAACUGUUGGGCUUUGAGUCAUUUUGUCAAAUGAGGUCCAAUGCUUUGGCAAUCGCCAGCUCAGUGAUAACACUGACAGAAGAGUGUUUUCAAAUACAAGUCAACAAAUAAAUUCAAGUAUGGUGUUUUUACUAUACUUCACAUUUAUCCUAAGGUUCAUAGUAAACGUGUUACCUGUUAACAACACAAGCUACCUUUUUUAAAUUAGAAAACGAAAUUUUUUACCAUUAGUACUCAAUUUGAAGCACCUGUUCUCCACUAUCAUGAGAAUUAACCCAUCUUAAAACAUAAGAAUUAAGGAGGGAAACACCAAACCAGAAAAUAGCAACUUGAUAAGCAGGUUUCUGAGUGCUGUGUAUUGCUCAUGGAAUGUGAGUUGCCUUGGUGUGCAAAUUCAAAGUUCUAUAGGAUCUGAAAAUGAAACUACACCGGGUGGGCUUGGUAUCUGGUGGAUGGAUGGGAGACACACGGACAUUUCGGAGCUGUUCCUGUGCCAAGCUUAUUCACACACAAUCAUACUUGUUAAUCUAAACAGAAUUUGUAGUCUUUUUAUCACUUAUGAAAUCUGGUAAUAACUUGAAUAUCUGGAUCAUUUUUAUGUAAAUAAAUAGUAAUUUAUUAUAUACUUGUAAGUAUGUAUUAAUAUUGUGGAAAAUGAUUUUGGUACAUAAAAUUUAUUUACCAUCAAGCCUUAUUUUUCAAACACGUUUAGAGUCCUAACUAUUCCUUUUCUAAGAUACCAAUUUUCAAAGGGACAUGAACCAAAAUCUGAUGUGGUUCAUGAGCCUUAAUGUAAAUUUCUUAAGGAAAUAAUGUUUUUAAAAUCUGAAGUUUCAUCAGAGUCAAACUUAAAAUCAUUUAAAGACAAGCAAAACAAUUAAAAUACUCUCCAAACCAAAUCUAAACCGAACCUUCAACACAGAGCACACUCAGGGUACAUAUUUUGCAGCAAUGGCUCUGUGCUCAACAGUAAACUUUGUAAUGAGUUUAGUAUGAUUCAAUCCCAGCUACACUCCCCACUAACCAUGUCCAAGAGGAGAAACAACCAUGAAAUUCCAACUAUACUCAGACCAGAGCCCCAAAUCUCCCCGCAUGACACCUUCCAUACUGUCCCUUACCCUCUUAGACUGGUGGUUCUGCUGCCCGGGUUCUGAAUUCAGGUGUAUUUCAUUUUAUGAAGAAAUCAACAUGGUAAAGAUUUUCAAGAGAAAGGAAGAGCAAGGGAGUGAAAUUUAAUUAGAAAGCAAGAAUCCUGAGUUCAAACCCACCCCACAUUUCCUUACCUGUAAAAUGAAGGUCCCUGCUUGACUGAUUCUUCGACUAUCAAAAGCAGUGGUAUAAAGAUGCCAUAUUUUGAUGCCAUUUUUGGUACUUGCCCAGGUAGAGAAAGGAUAAUUAACACUAGAUGGCAUAAAUAUUUUGAAGGCAGUAUAAAAAAUUAAUUUUCUACCCACUCCCCACUUAAGAGCCAAAACAACACACACACACACACACACACACACAAUUUACAGUACCUAAAAUAGAAGUAUAGAAGUUUACGGAGUUAAACUUCAUUAGAGACUUUACACUGUGUCACUAAUAAGCAGAUACUCUCUUGCUCACAAAACAUUUUAUCCUACUUCAGCAUAUGAACUAUUUCAUAGCCUUUUAUCAGAUGUUCCACAGCUCAUUUUGUUUUCUCAGUGACCUUCUGUACUAUAAUUAAGAACUUGCACAAAUUGUCUAGGACAAUAAAGUUUAUUGGGUAGGGCCAUGACUACCUCUGAAUUCAGUAAAUUUAGAAUACUUCUAACUCAAUAAAGAAUAUUCAUGUAA